ACUGUCGGCUAGUCAGUAAAAUUAAAUGACAAAGCGAUGUUCUCUUCAGUGGGUUAAUGCAACAAAUGGCACCAUUGGUCCUGCGCUGCAAAAUCAUGCUGGUAUAAGCUAUUGUUUGUAUGAUCUGAACAAAAUAUUCCAGGUGCCAUUGUAAGUGGAGAUUUCUAUCUGCACGGUGGAAUAACUUCUAGUGAUGGAUCAUGUAAAACGCCGAGCAACUGUUUUUACAAGAUACAGCUUUAUCCUACAAUAGGCCAAUGGAUGGAAAUAACAUCUUCAGACUCACCAUUUCUUAGUCAACACACGUGUCUAGUUUUCAAGGAUAGAUAUCUUGUUUUUAUUGGGGGAUGGAAUGGACGUAUCAGAAUACCAGGUAUACAUACAUAUGAUACUCAAUCGAAUACUUGGCUACCGCCUGCCUUGAAUGAACCACUGCUUACUGGGUUUCCUCAGGGAGCUGGGUUAUCAGCUCAUUCUGCCCAAAUAAUUCGUUCACUAGAUGAUGAGUAUACGUUUUCAGCUAUUAUUAUCGGCCGAGAAGGUUCUCUACGAAGCCAAAGAAAGGCAGGGAAUAUUUACUUACUAUAUGGUAAUUUGAUUGAUAUGGAUUCAUCUCAACAACGGAUGAAAUACGUUUACUGCGAAGCCGAUUCCAGUUUAACAGUAUCGUCAAGAAGUUAUCAUACUUCGACACCGAUCACACCAUGUACAUUAGUUACUAUUGGUGGUUGUAAAAGUAAUUCGAUCGAUUUAUUAAAAUGGGAAAUAAUUCAUAAUAAAAAAAAGAAAGAACCAUGCAAUUGGCCUGGUCGCCUUGACUAUCCAUUGACAUCAUGUACAGUUGUAACAAGUUUCAUUAAAAAUAUUGAACAAAAACAAAAGUCGGAUCUAACUCAACUUUCACCAUCCUAUCAAAAUGGUUGGCGUGGUCAUUGUAUAAUACCAGGUAUUGGUGGUUUAUUUAUUGGAACAGGUGAAGGUUUCAAUGCAUUAAGACAUGGUCCGCUUAAUUCAGCAUAUCUUUUAAAGUAUACUGAAAACAAUAGUUGUGUUAAACCGACAAUUUACGAAAUUGGUACAAUCGAUGAACCAAGAGCAUAUUCAGUCUCUUCAGUAUGUAGUAAUGAUGGUACAGCUUGGUUACAUGGUGGUCUUGGACCUCAAGGUAAAACAAUGAAUACACUAAUGAAAUUGAUAAGAGUUGAUUGA